CCCUAAUAAUAAGGCUGGGGGACAGUGAAGAAGACGGAAGUAGGAGUCGCGCAGUGAAGUGUGAAGAACCCAAAAGGGUCGUACUUAUCGUUUCCACCAAUUUUGGUUUUGUCGUCAAUUGUUUUGCAAGAGGCGAUGAACAAAUAGGAAGGAACAAAAAAAUAGAGCCAGAGAGAGCCGUUUCCGCGUGCUAUCCGUGUUCUUUGUCCCUCUGCUGUUUUAUGGUAGACAAUUUUAAUUUCCCUCCUUGUUUUACAGCUUUCUAGGGCUUUCGAUGUUACUGCUACUAUAAUAACGCACCUCACGUAGACGCAUACAACCCACGUCCUUUCCUUUCUCUCUCUGUUUCAGCUGCAAUCCGGCCCCUCUAUCUCUCUCUCUCUCUGCUGUGCUCAGCUGGUUUCUGCAAUCUGGAUAACAUUCUGAGCUCAACGCACAGACUGGGGGAAGGUUGUGAAGUAAAAUUCUUUGUUGGGGCUUCUGGAUAGAAGCUGACAUCCACACAACUCUGGCCGACUCGGAAGAGAUAUCCAUUGUUCCAACCGGAAAAGGCUUUCAGCUUCCCAUUUCCGGUGUUCGAUCGCCCAGUGCCAUCGUUGUCGGGUCCUUGCUAUGGUGUCUUCCCGUUGAUUAUGGCUAACUUGUGAUCAGGCUGUUUGUGGGAUGUGACUCGUUUUUACCGUUGCCGUUCUUCAAUCAGCAGCUGUAGGAGAUGUGAGUUCUUCAUUGGUUGAAAGAAACCGAGGAGUAGUAGAAGAAGAGAAACUGCGAAGAAAGUUGAACUCGGAAGAAGGAAAUUGAGAACUUUCAGUCAAGGACAGGAAGAGUGGUUUAGGAUGGCGAAAUUUAACUGCUUUUCGAUGAUGUGUGGACACGGACACAAGGGUGGAAAGGUAUCAUCCAAGGCUCUGGAGUUCAACAAGGCGCUGACGAACUUGCAGGUCACAGUUGAAAAGCCUUUCAAGAGCGAUGAUGAGACCAAAAUGGCUUCUUUCAAUCUCUCGGUUCCGCAUGAUGUCCAGGAUGAUUCCCUGAAUGUUAAGGUGACGAUGACCCAUGAGACUGCUGGUGAGAAGGAAGAAGCAUCCUACGAAGGGGGAGAUGAGCACGAAGAGAAUGUCUCCUUCAGAAGGGACUUAUCUGACCUUGAUCUCCAAUCCCGCCUGCCUAAUUCUGGUGAAGAAGAAGAAGAGCUCAUCCCAACUCCUAGAAGCCAGACAUCGGUUCACUCUCAUUCCGUUGAAGAUGUGAUUGAUUUAGGCCGAAGUGGGCAUAUCAGUGAUCCAGGGAUUGGGAAGGCUCCAUUUUGGGGCUCCCCUAAGCUUAAGCGCUCAUGCUCCAACCUCGAAACCAGCAAAGUUAUGAGACAAGUGGCAAACUCUCCAUGCUCUGGGGAAUCACAGGAACUGCCUGCAAAUUUUGGGUCAGGCAGCCCUCCAGUUUCUGUAGCUAGCCGUCAUAGUGCUGACAGAGUGAUGUUGAGAAAACACUCAUCGAGUCAAAUUCUGCCAUCACGAAGUAGAAGGCUUUGGUGGAAACUAUUUCUCUGGAGCCAUAGGAACCUCCAUAAACCUUCAACUGCAAAGCCAGAGCAAUUUGCUGCUGCCUCAAACCAACCAGGUGGUGGGUACUCGUCAGAUACACUUGAACCAAGCAAAGAUCAGUCACGAGCGGAAUCCUCACACAAGAACCAUAUGAAUCAUGAAGUUGGCAAACACAAUUGGGAUGGCUUUCAAAACCACUGGGUUGCAAACACUUUUUCAGUUGAUUCAUCGUCGCCCUUAGCUAGAGUAGACAAAUGGGUGCAGAAUAUCGACAUUGAACCCCUGCCUGAAAAUCAUCAUGAUGACGUUGAUGACGGCAUUGUUUAUCCUCCUUCCCCUGAGGAUCAUAGGUUUCAAGUGGCUCAUGUAUCAGAAGACAUUCUACAUGCAAACAGUGUCAUCCUGUCUCUGAACUCUUCAUCAACUGUGGCUCACAUUUCUGGAACAGGGUUAAAAGUCAUUCCGUCCUUGGCACCUUUCACCAGUCUUCGCACAGUCAACUUGGCAAACAAUUACAUAGUCAGUAUCGCUCCAGGAUCAUUGCCAAAGGGACUUCACGCGCUUAACCUGUCGAGGAACAGGAUUAAUGCUGUUGAGGGACUGAGAGAAUUGACUCGAUUGCGGGUACUGGAUCUUAGUUACAAUCGCAUCUCUCGAAUCGGGCAAGGGCUUUCGAACUGCACUCUAAUCAAGGAACUCUACUUAGCUGGGAACAAAAUUAGUGACGUCGAGGGACUUCACAGACUCCUGAAGCUCACAGUGCUAGACCUCAGCUUCAACAAGAUAACAACAUCGAAAGCUCUUGGCCAGCUCGUCGCCAACUACAGUUCCCUCCAAGCACUGAACCUCUUGGGGAAUCCAAUUCAGACGAAUAUCGGCGAUGACCAGCUCAGGAAAGCGGUAUAUGAUCUACUCCCUAAGCUGAAGUAUCUAAACAAGCAAUCCAUAAAGCCGCAGAGAGCAAGGGAACUGGCGACCGACAGUGUGGCCAGGGCUGCACUUGGUUCUAGCAGCAGCAGGGGUUUCCAUCGGCGAAGGUCUACGAGGAGGGCAACGGAUUCUGCUGGUUCUUCGUCCUCCCCAGUUGGACGCAGGAGUAUGGCAAGUAGUGGUGGUGGUGGUCAGAGAAGCAGGAGCAUUGGUAAGAGCCGCGCCCAUAUAUCUAAGGGAAGGGCUGUGACGUCGUCUACUCCUGCUUCUUCAUUCCGAUCCAGAGCCUGAACGACCAUUUUCCCCUUGGAUUGCGGUGAACGAUCUUCUUUGUGCGUUCAUGUGAGUCCCUCGAUGUUAUUAAAGGUGAACUGUGUAUCAUAUUCUCCGUUCAUAUGGGAUGUUAGUAAAUUUUGAUUGUUUUCCUCUCGAUUCUACCGAGAAGUGCAAUAAAAUGGUGGAGCUGUCUUUGAGUGUGCUGUGUGCAUAUAGUUUCUUUUACAGUUGCGACUUACGACUACAAGUUCAGUUGAGUUGAUUUAGAUUUGUAAGAGAACGUUUUCUUUUUGUAUAAUAAACUUUUAGCAAUCCUCGAAAACAACAAAAUGUUGUUUUCACCUGUUCUCAAUAUAUGUAAAAA